UUGUGUAAGCAGUUGAUGUCUUGUUGUAUCUCGUGAGUAUGUCUUGUUCUUUAUAAAUCAACUCAACACCAGAGAAAGAGUUUUCUUUAUAAAUCAACACAACAGCUGAGAGAGAGUAUUCAUUAUAAAACAACACAACAACACGAGAGAGAGAGAGUCGACCAAGUUGUUUCAUCUCCUUGUUUUUCUUUAAAAUUGUUUCACCGUAUCGACCAAACAAAACAACAACAAGGCUCGUUUAUUUUUUUCCAUAUUUUUUUAUCAUAUUUCUUCACAUUUCUUUCUUAAAUGGCAUCUUCUUCUUCCGAUCCUUUUGAAGAAAUGGAUGAGAGAUUUGAACAAAUUUGCGAUCAAAAAUUCGAUCAACAAUUUGAAAAUCUUCUCAUUCGUUAUGGUGAGCGUCAAGAAGCAUCAAGGUCAAAAAAGAAACGAGCUUACAUUGAAAGAGAUCGAGAACAAGGACACAUGCAGUUAUGGAACGAUUAUUUUAAGGAAGAUUCAACAUAUCCGUCUUCCAUGUUUCGACGCCGUUUUCGCAUGAACAAGCCUUUGUUUAUGCGUAUUGUUGAUCGACUCUCCGCUGAAAUCCCAUACUUUCAACAAAGAAGAGAUGCUACGGGAAGGUUCGGUCACUCUCCGUUACAAAAGGCAACAGCAGCAAUUCGUAUGAUGGCAUAUGGUUGCCCAGCUGAUGCAGUCGACGAGUACCUCCGACUUGGUGAGACAACCGCACUUUUAUGCUUAGAACAUUUUGUUCAAGGAAUCAUAGAUUUAUUUGGAGCUGAGUAUCUUAGAAAACCAACACCAGAAGAUCUUCAACGACUACUCGAUAUUGGAGAAAUACGCGGAUUUCCCGGGAUGAUAGGAAGCAUUGAUUGUAUGCAUUGGGAGUGGAAGAAUUGUCCGACGGCAUGGAAAGGACAAUAUACACGUGGAUCAGGAAAGCCAACAAUUGUUUUAGAGGCUGUAGCUUCACACGAUCUCUGGAUAUGGCAUGCGUUUUUCGGACCUCCAGGUACCUUAAACGAUAUCAAUGUUCUUGAUCGAUCACCGGUUUUUGAUGAUAUAUUAGAAGGUCGAGCUCCAAAAGUUAAUUACAUUGUCAACGGACACAACUACUGUUUGGCUUACUAUCUUACAGAUGGUAUUUAUCCAAACUGGGCUACUUUUGUCCAAUCUAUUCGAAAUCCACAAGGCCCGAAAGCAUCCUUAUUUGCUACAUAUCAAGAAGGUGUUCGUAAAGAUGUCGAACGUGCUUUUGGGGUCUUGCAAGCUCGAUUUGCCAUAGUAAAAAAUCCAGCUCUUUUGUGGGACAAAAUAAAAAUUGGAAAGAUAAUGAGAGCAUGUAUCAUUCUACAUAAUAUGAUCGUCGAAGACGAACGGGAUGGGAACACUCAGUUUGAUGUUUCAGUUUUCGAACAACCGGAAUCAAACCGAAGUUCACAAGUCGAUUUGAACUUUUCACCAGGGAUGCCUUCAAAUGUCGGGAAUAUUAUGAGCAUGAUGACCAUUCGGAAUGAAGUCCGUGAUAACAAGAUACAUCAACGAUUGAAAGCUGAUUUGGUUGAGAAUAUAUGGCAAAAAUUUGGAAUGCAUUAAGAUUUCAACUAAUUAGUUUUUUCUCGUUCAUGAUUUGUAUUUCUAUUUUUAAUAUGUUUUAAAAACUUUUAUGUAUGCUUUUAUUUUAAAUUAUUCUAUUUAACAAAAAAUUUUUUUAAGAACCUCUAUGGAGGUUCUACCAAUGGAGGAUGAAAAAAAAUAGACUAAUAGGGGUCCUUAAGCUUUCAAAUCACACAAUUAAACAAUAAAUUAAUCUAAAGAACCCCAAAGGAGUCCUAAUGGAUGGAGGUGCUCUUAGAAAGUUUUGACAGAUAAUUAUUUCGGUCAGAAUACUAAAUGCUAGCGAAAAAGAUAUAUAAAUAAAUACAAAGGCAAACAAACAACUGAUUCAUAACGUAGGCAAGAAGGGUCCAUCAGAUGUCUUUUUAAAACAUUCCAAAAAUCUUGUGUUUGUAUGAACCAAGAGAGUGUGCCAAUGCAUAUCUAACAGAUGAGAUCAUGUGAAGGGUACAUGAACGGGAGAAAUAUUACUAAUAUUCUUCUACUAAAACUGAGCCCAGACCCUAGUGACUUGCCCAAUAGUAAUCCAUUUAAGACAACAAAAAAUAUUAGCUAAUGUUAGUAACUUGUGUCCUGGUGAAAGAA